GCCUGCCUAACGUCCCCUCUCCAAUGCUCCAACCUCCACCAACCCAUACACACAACACACAGUACACGGUACACUCACAAAAGAAGGCCCUUGCUUUCUUGAAUUCUUCGCCUCCUUGGCGGACUUUUCUAUAAACCCUCCCACCAACCUUCCCUUUUUAGUUUUUAUAUAAUACCCACAAAAUCCCACCCACCCACGGCCUACUACUGAUCAUUUUCACUCCCAUUUCCAUUCCAAGACAAACCAGACAUGGCCUUGGCUCCGACUCCGCUCUCAAAACCAUUCUUUUCCACCAAACCCACCUCCCAAACGCCCCUUUUUACGCUCCCCGCCACCCGGAAAGUUCACACCCGACCCAACACUGUUGUUCGGAGCUCCAUAGCCACUGCUCCAGCUGCAGCCACCGUAUCAAAAGCCUCUGCGAAGGUAAAAUCAGUGAAGGCUAGGCAGAUCAUAGACAGCAGAGGCAAUCCGACGGUGGAGGUUGAUCUUGUAACCGACGGCGCUGAUGGUCAGCUGUACAGAUCGGCUGUCCCAAGUGGGGCCUCUACUGGGAUCUAUGAAGCCUUGGAGCUUAGAGACGGUGACAAAAGUGUCUAUGGGGGUAAAGGGGUCCUUAAUGCUGUCAAAAACAUUAAUGAUAUAUUGGGUCCCCAGCUCGUUGGUGUUGAUGUCAGGAAUCAGGCUGAUGUUGAUGCAAUAAUGCUGGAAAUUGAUGGAACGACAAACAAAUCAAAACUUGGGGCUAAUGCAAUACUGGGAGUGUCUCUUAGUGUGUGUAGAGCUGGUGCAGGUGCGAAGGGAAUUGCAUUGUAUAAGCACAUUCAGGAAGUGUCGGGGACAAAAGAGCUUGUAAUGCCAGUCCCAGCAUUUAAUGUGAUUAAUGGAGGUAGUCAUGCUGGUAACAAUUUGGCCAUGCAGGAAUUUAUGAUACUACCUGUUGGAGCUACUUCAUUUGCUGAGGCUCUUCGUAUGGGUAGUGAAGUUUAUCACACUCUGAAGGGAAUUAUAAAAGCAAAAUAUGGACAAGAUGCGUGCAACGUUGGAGAUGAGGGGGGAUUUGCUCCCAAUGUGCAGGACAAUAGGGAGGGACUGGUACUGCUCAUGGAUGCAAUUGAAAAGGCUGGUUACACAGGGAAGAUUAAGAUUGGGAUGGAUGUGGCUGCUUCAGAAUUCCUUACAAAAGAUGGGAAAUAUGAUCUCAAUUUUAAGAAACAACCAAAUGAUGGUGCUCAUGUGCUCACAGACCAGAGCCUCUGUGAACUCUACAAGGAGUUUGUAAAAGAUUUCCCUAUUGUAUCCAUUGAAGACCCUUUUGAUCAGGAUGACUGGAAAUCAUGGGCUUCUUUGCAGUCCUCAGUUGACAUACAACUAGUUGGUGAUGACUUGUUGGUCACUAAUCCCAAAAGAAUAGCUGAAGCAAUUCAGAAGAAGGCCUGUAAUGCUUUGCUACUAAAGGUUAACCAAAUUGGUUCAGUAACCGAAUCAAUCCAAGCAGCCCUUGACUCAAAAACUGCUGGGUGGGGUGUUAUGGUUAGUCAUCGUAGUGGUGAAACCGAAGAUAACUUCAUUGCAGAUUUAUCUGUGGGUCUGGCCAGCGGACAGAUCAAGACAGGAGCACCCUGCCGAAGUGAACGGUUGGCCAAGUAUAAUCAGCUUCUUCGCAUUGAAGAGGAGCUUGGAAAUGUUCGCUAUGCUGGUGAAGCUUUCAGAUCACCUUGAGAAGACAGCAAAUUUCAGCUUUAUUUGAUUAUUUUUAGCUUAAGAACGGAUGACUGAUGCUGAGCAUCCCAUAAUUGACGAUUCAAAGAUGAUGGCUGGAGGCCAUUUUGGUAUACUGAACGGCUUCUGAUGUGCUGCGACAAGUUGGAGGAUUAGGAGGAUUUAGAAAUUGUCUGAUUGGCCACCUAGGUUAAUAUCAUGAAUGAAAUAAAUAAAACUGUUUGUAUUGUGGCCUAUGAGAUAGACAACUCUUUUAUUACCCCAGGUGAAGCGCCCGUUGGUGUAUACAUUUGUACCUCUGCUUUAGUGAAUUUUGGUAAAUUCUACAAGCUCAAUUUUGCUUAGUAA